CAUCAACUAUAAUUUUCACUAUUUUCAAUCCCUAAAGUUUCCAUUAGAACCUUAAAGACUAGAUGAGAUAGGUAGAAGAACUCCAUUAGAGGUUUAGCAAUUAGCAACCAUGGAGAUUCAGCAAUUUCCACCAUUUACUAUCACACCUCGCCAUUUUCACCCAAUUCCAAACUCUACCCACCACCCAGUUCUUGUUUCCCCAUUGAAACAGCAAAGAAAUUUGCUAAAACUAAGCCCUCUUUUUUGUUCUUCAUCUUCUUCUCAUAGUCAUCCUGUUGUGCAAGACCCAAUUUUGCAACAAGGGAAUGAACCUUUUGGGAAAAGUAGAGAUACCCAUUACAAGAAUUCAAGAAAAAAGAGGGUUUUUUUCUUGGAUGUUAAUCCUAUUUGUUACAAAGGAAGCAUUCCUUCUUUGCAAUCUUUUGCUCAUUGGAUUUCCCUUUUCUUCUCUCAAGUUAGCCUCACUGAUCCUGUUAUUGCUGUUAUUGAUGGAGAAAGAGGUAAUGAGUAUAGAAGACAGUUGUUACCUUCCUAUAAAGCAAGUAGGAGGAAAUACUGGCAUCAGUUGCAAGGUGCAGUAAAAUCUCCAAGGAGUACGAUUGAAAGAUCACAUAGGCUCAUCUUGGAUGUUCUUCAGAACUGCAACGUUCCUGUAGUUAAGAUUGAAUCACAUGAAGCAGAUGAUGUUAUAGCCACACUUGUAGAACAGGUUAUACAAAGGGGGCACCGAGUUGUCGUUGCCUCUCCUGACAAAGACUUCAAACAACUGAUAUCUGAUGAUGUUCAAAUUGUCAUGCCAGUACCAGAGUUCAAUAGAUGGUCCUUUUACACCCUAAAGCACUAUGUGGCACAGUACAAUUGUGAUCCAAGGUCUGAUUUGAGCCUGAGGUGCAUGCUGGGUGAUGAGGUUGAUGGUGUUCCUGGAAUCCAGCAUGUUGUUCCUGGUUUUGGUCGAAAGACUGCUUUGAAGCUUUUGAAAAAGCAUGGCACACUGGAGAAUUUACUUAAUGCUGCUUCAGUAAGAUCAGUGGGGAGGCAGUAUGCACAAGAUGCCCUUAUCAAGUAUGCUGAUUAUCUGCGCAGAAAUUAUGAAGUUCUCUCUCUGAAGAGGGAUGUCGGUAUCCAUAUUGAGGAGCAAUGGCUUAAUGAGAGGGAUGCGCGUAAUGACUCACUUGUUUUAUCCAACUUCGUCACUUCGCUGAAGGACAGUAGGAAUCUUAAUUCGCAAAAUAGAUCUCAUUCCAUUGGUUGAAAUUGCCAGAAGAAAGCAUUUUGUGAGUUUCUUCUUUACUUCCUUAUUUGUUCCAUUUUUAAUUCUUCAGCUUUGACAGAGUGACGUAUGAAGUAUCUUCUGGAUAAUAAAGACGGUAAAAUGUCAAAAGCUGUAGCAAAAGGUCUGUUAGCUUGUCCACCAUUUUACGGUGAACAUUUAUCUUGCCUAUCUUACCAAAAGAAGACAAUACUUUAGCCCAUAUUUCAAUAUAUCACAGAUCAAUCCAGAGUAAAUUUGCUUUGGGUUGAAAUGACAAUAUUAGCAACAAAAGAUUCCGUUCCCAACUUCUUUUUUUGAAGUGGCUAGUGUUUUUGAUGUUAAAAUCAGAGCACUAAGGAGGUGCUGUAGCUACAUACAAAAAGAUUACAAGUGAAUAUUGAAAAAAGUUCACAGGAUGUGUCAAGCAUUAUUCUAAUCUUACACCAAAAAGCUAUCAACAUAAUACAAUCUUGCUUCCAGCUUUAGGUAUGUUUUUCUACAAAUUUAGUAUUUAUGUUAUAAUGAUUCUGAACGAUGUCGGAGCGCUUGUAUGAUGUUGAGUGAAUUACAAUAAAUUAACUAGAAAGGUCUGAUUACAAUUACCACAUUGAAAAGAUUAUUUUGUCAUGAAGAAGAAAACAAUGGAAAGACAUGGACACCCUGAAAAGGAACAGAAAAUGAAAUGAAUUUCAUGUUAUUCAAAUCCUCAAGUGCUUGGUGUUCUGUUCUAUGCAGUGCGUAAGUUAUAAUGUAAGCUCUACAACCUGAAGAACGAUGAUCUUGAUGUUUCAGCAGAAGUAUCAAACUAAACAAAUAGACGAUUACCAAAUUUUGCCAGAAGAUUUGACCAGAGGAACUGGACUGAAUUGGAAUAUCCGAAAUUCCGAAUUCACAAUAGAAGCAUACAGUAGAAAACUUAGCUAUCGUUCCUCUUGGAUGAAUCUCUAAAGAAGAGACUUCUGAGGUCUAAAGUGUACAGUAAGUUUGAGUUUCUUUUAGUAGUGCCUCUAGAGUAGAUUCGUGUACUAUUGUGUGCUCCACAAACAACACGUGAGGUCGGCUGUAGCUUGAAAACUAAUGGCGAGCUGUGUCUAGGUAUCUUCAGUGCUCAUCUGUUGUGAUGAAAGAACAUGGCAAAGACCCAACUUGUAUCCAUAUUUUAAUUCAAUAUAAAUCCUAUUUGGACCCUCAAUUCGUUUCCAUUCCCCCCUGUUUCCACCUAAUCUAAGUCGAAUAUACGAAGACCACAGUAAACAUUUGACUUUUUAAUUACCUUUCUCCUCACUCUUUCUUCUAGAACUUCAUUAUCUUGUAUGGAUUUCUCCAGACAUUAUUUUCUUAUUUUCAAAUUUAUUGAUUUUGCUGCCAUACUUGUUUUAGUCAGAUUUUUCAUUGAUUUGGGGAGAAUCAUCAGAAAUUCUCAUUAAUUUUCUCAAGUUUGGUAAGAAACCUGAGGUUUUCUAUUGGCAGGGACGGAUGCACAUUGAGUAAAGCUUGAGACAGCUUUAGUGGAAAGUUUUAUUAUUUGAUAGACAUGUAAACGAGAAAUGACAUUGUUCAAAUGCAUCAAA